AGCAGCGUGGGGUCGCAUCGGCCCGGGGCUAGUGUGGCCCGCCGCUCAGCCUGCAGCCAUGGAACCCGGGCCGCCGGGCAGCUCCAGGCCCACGGAGCCGGGUCCUUGCCUGAGCAGUCAGCAAGGCGCGGACCAAGCGGCUUCCGCCUCACUGCAGAGCGCGGCUGGGGCCCAGCCCGGACGCCACUCGCUCGCGGUGGCUGCGGUGUUGCCGGCGGGGGGGUGCGGAGAGAGGAUGGGUGUCCCCACCCCGAAGCAAUUCUGCCCCAUCCUGGAAAGGCCGCUCAUCAGCUACACCCUGCAGGCCCUGGAGAGAGUAUAUUGGAUAAAGGACAUUGUUGUGGCAGUAACUGGAGAGAACAUGGAAGUAAUGAAAAGUAUUAUUCAGAAGUAUCAGCAUAAACGCAUCUCACUGGUCGAAGCUGGAGUGACCCGCCACAGGUCAAUUUUCAAUGGACUAAAAGCACUGGCGGAAGAUCAGCUCAACUGUAAACUCUCUAAGCCAGAAAUAGUGAUUGUCCACGAUGCUGUGAGGCCAUUUGUUGAGGAAGAUACCCUCCUUAAAGUUGUCACAGCUGCUAAGAAACAUGGGGCAGCAGGAGCCAUUCGACCUCUUGUAUCUACUGUCAUUAGCCCAUCUGCUGAUGGUUGCUUAGACCACUCGCUAGAACGUGCAAGACACCGAGCAAGUGAAAUGCCUCAGGCUUUUCUGUUUGAUGUGAUUUAUGAAGCAUAUCAGCAGUGUAGUGACUAUGACUUGGAAUUUGGAACUGAGUGUUUGCAGUUGGCCCUAAAAUACUGUUGCACUAAAGCCAAACUUGUAGAAGGAUCACCUGACCUCUGGAAGGUGACCUACAAACGAGAUCUGUAUGCGGUUGAAUCGAUUAUUAAAGAGAAAAUUUCCCAAGAGAUUUGUGUAGUUACAGAUAUAGAGGAAGAUAACAAAUAUGUAAGUCAUCUUCUUGAAGAAGUGCUAAAAAGUGAAUUAAAUCAUGUAAAAGUCACUUCUGAGGCUCUGUGUCAUGCUGGCAGAGAUCUUCAGCAAAUCAUCCUAGAUCAGUGCUACAAUUUUGUUUGUGUGAAUGUUAUGACUUCUGACUUUCAAGAAACCCAGAAGUUACUGAGCAUGCUUGAAGAAAGUAAUCUUUCCAUUUUAUAUCCUGUUGUUGUUGUUUCAGUUCAUUUUCUUGAUUUUAAAUUAGUACCUCCCAGUCAGAAAAUGGAAAGCCUAAUGCUGAUUAGAGAAUUUGCAAAGGAAGUAAAAAAAAGAAAUAUUUGGUUAUGUGGUCUUCUCAUAUCUUACCCACAGGCAUGUGAGGUUAGCUGAGCAAUAGCAAAUGUGGCCCUUACUGUAAAUUCAAGAAAAUAAGUAAUGGUGAAUAGCUGUUUUGCCUUCUGCUGCCUGUAGACUAAUUGUUUGCAAGCCUCUAUCUUGAGAAGUGCUGUGUAUAUUGCAUUCAGAUUACAGAUAUUUUCAGCUGGUCUAUAUUUGGGGCUUAAUGAGAAAGCAUGUAUGCUAAGAAUUGCAGGGAGGUGUCUCUUCUAAAUCUUUGAAUUAUGAAUUCUCUGAUGUAAAAUAUGCAGUAAAGAAAGAUAAUCAGUACAAAUCCAAAAAGUUACCUAAUUAUGAUUUUUAAAAUAUCUUAAAGUCACAGAAAUUACAUUUGCUUCUACUGUUAUAGAUUCCUUGGCUUUAACAAAGCUUCUAAAGACAGGGGACUAUCUCUCUAUAACUUUUCCAUUAUAAUUGGUGCUAAAUUUAAAUGAAUUAUCUCUAAAUUUUGUAGUUAUCAAAUUCCAAAGUUUAGUUUAGGUAUGGUGGGUAAAUGAUUGCUAACUCCUUGCCUCCUCAGUUUCUUUCUUUCUUUCUUUGUUUUUUGAUAAAUUUAAGGCAGUACAAUUUUGUUGGAUGCAUAUGUUGUGAAGUGGUGAAGUCUUGACUUUCAGUGUAUCUAAAUAGUGUACAUUGUACCCAUUAUGUAAUUUCUCAUCAAUUUCUCCCUCCCUCACUUCCAAGUCUCUGAUGUCUGUCAUCCUCUUCUUUGUUCAUGUGUACACAUUAUUCAGCUCCUACUAAUAACUGAAAUCUUGGUAUGUGAGUUUCUGUUUGAGUUGUUUCACUUAAGAUAAUGGCCUCUGGUUCCACUCAUGUUGCUGCAAAAAUCUAAGAAUUUUAAUAGGUUUAUAUUACUUGGAUAUUCAUUUGAAUUCAUAGUAACUUUUCCCUUAAUUCAAUUGUCAUAUUGUUGCUAAUGCUUGUAACAUUUUAGAUGGAAGUGUGUAAAAAAAUUCUGUCCAAACUACCAAAUUCAUUUAAAAUUUUAAAAAGGAAAAUGUAGAGUAAUGUGUGUAAAUUGCAGAAUUAUAACUGUUAACUAAAUUGAAAAUUUUUAAUGAGCUGGGAAAUAAAAUGCUUGCCAGUUUGCUAAAAAACAUAGAAGUGCAAGUUUUAAUUUCCUCUCUAAAUUUUUAACCAAUAUUCUGAAAAUUUUGAAUACAGUGAUCGUUGUUUUUGUAACAUGAAUUAAUACAUAUGUGAAAUCUUUAUGUAGAAGUGUUACUAUAUGGAUUUCAGUAUUUUGCUUCCUGAACAAUAUUUUAUGAUGAUUUAAAAUGAAGCCUUGCACGUCAGUUUCAGGUACAUUUAUUGGAGGAAGAUCAAGGCAAAGUGGUUUUUCAGGCAGUUGAAUUAAUUGAUUAACUAAUUGGUCUAUCAGUUGGGACUUUUUAAUUGCAAAUGUCAGAAACACAACAUAAAGUGGUUUAAAAAUAUAACUGAAAACAUCUGAGAUAAUGGCUUAUGGCUUUGUGAAAUCCCUGUCUAUACCACAUAAUUUGGUUCUUUAUUCUCAGGUGGUUUUCUAAAUAAUAUGAAACAUACACUAUAUAAUUUACUGCUCCCACUUUAUAUUUUAUGUUUUGUAAAUUCAGAGGAAAGAGAGUGCCUCUAUCCCAAUAUUUUCACUGAAAACCAUAGUUCUAACUCUUAUUAAGCCUGUUAUAAAAUAUAUCUUCAUUUUCAGAUUCAAUUACUGUGGCCCAUGUGAAUGUACUUUGUAUUAAUCAGGCCUACUUAACUUGUCCACACCUGGAACCAGGUCAGCCCCACCCAAACUCCAUGAAUGAGAAUAAGGGAGGGGUGUAUUCCCCACAGGAUGGGGAACAGAUGUUGGAUACACCCAAACAAUAGAUCGUUGUGUUUAUUAUUUUUGGCAGUUUUCCUCUUUAGCAAAUGAGUAAGAUAAAGACACUAAAGAUUUGUGCCCAAAUUAUGUAAAAUUUGGAUACUUGUUUAUUAAUAAUUAGCUGUGGAAUUGUAAAGGGUCAGAUUUUCAGGGAACCUUAAAGUGUAGCUAGAUAAGACCCUUAAAAUAUUGCCAACCAUAGUUAUUUUUAACCACUUGUGAAAUACACUGUAAGUAACAUACACUAAAAAUAAUUCUAAAAUUUGAUAUUUGUUGUAAUAAUAAUUAGGAUAAUAGUAAUACCCGUUGGUCUCAUCUUUGUUCCAGUAUAUUCCCUAGGUGAGGAAGGAAAGGGUAGGUCACAUCAUCUACAUCAUUUCUUUUCUUCGUUGCAUUAGGAAGAAUUGAGCUGAGAACUACUAUUCUGCCAUACCUGUCAGCCUCGCCAAAAUUGUCUUUGUUUUUUUUUUUUUUUUUUUUUAACAAAAAAUAGUUUUAUACUGUUUUCAUCAUAAUGCUUAGCUUUGGCUUUCUUUAUCAUAUUGGUGUCUUUCCAGAUGUGCUUCAGUAUGUAUUGAGCCUGAAUUGACCCUGCCCAUCUCCCACUCAAGCAUUCCCUGUCACUCUUCCUGCUUUUUCUCUAUAACAGUUCAACACAAUUUGGCACAAAAUGCUUUACUUAUUCAUGCUGAUUGUCUUCUUUCUAGAAUAUGAAGCCAAAGAAGACAGAAUGUUUUUGUCUGGUUCACCACUUUAUUUCUAGCACUGGCAUGGUGCCUGUUGUAGUGUAGGCCCUCAGUGACUAUUGAGUGACCAAUAUGUAAAGUGCAAAAAUGAACAAACACUUGGAAGCUGUAUCAGGACAUCAUAGAUUUGAGUAGUAGUAUUUUUUUGUUUAAUGUACUACUCUAAUGGUUUCAGUUUACACUAUAGAUACUGUGUUCCUGAAAAUAUGUAAAAUAUUACCAGAAUAGUGGUUAAAUUAUUUAUAUAUAGUUUCAAGUUAUGGAGGUAAAAGUUAAUAAAUUACAAAUUGCAGGCUAUUAUCAUUCACAAACGUAAGUACAAAUGAUUUAUCCUAGGAAUUCAGAGAUAGUUUAAUAUUAAAAAUUCAGCUGUGGUAAUUUACCAUACGUUUAAGUUAAAGAAAAGUUGGUGACAUCCUCUCAAUAGUUUGAGAGAAGAUGUGAUAAAAUUCAGCACCAAUAAUGAUAAACUCUUAGCAAAUUAAAGUGUCUUGGUGAAGUUAUGAUCCAAAAAUCUAAUUUGAACAUCAACCAUAAUGUGUUAGGAACAUUACCUUUAAAACAAAGAACAAGAAAAGAAUGGCUAUAAUCACCAUUUCUAUUGAACUUGGUACUGGAUGCUCUAACUAGCACACUCAGAUAAAAGAGAAGUAAACGAAUAAAGGAUUAGAAAGUAAGAAACAGUCAUUAUUUUCAAAUAACACAAUUAUUUAAGAACUCAAAAGUUUUGCACAUACCAUCAACAUACUGUUGCAGCUUUUUUAUUCCUGUAAUUCAGCAGGCAGGAGUGUUACAGCUGUUUUAUUCCCACUGCCCUGCAGCUCAGUGAGCAGGAGCAUUAGCAACUGUUUCACUCCGACAUUUCAGCAAGUUGCAGGUUCUUUUCCCACAACCAAGAGGAAUAAGGUACUGGGACAUUGGAGAAGGGGGUAAGGCAGGGUAAAAUAUAUUGAGCGAAAGACAAGCUCUCGACACAAGAGGGGACCCGAAAGUGAGUAGUUGUUUUUGAGGCUAGUCUGUGGUUUAAAUGGACUUUGAAUGGGGGAAUGUGUGCCAUUUAGUUUAUGGAUGGGCUUGGAAAAGACACCAUUUGAUUGGUUAAAAGGCAUCAUUCAGAAAGAACCAAUUGAGAGAAAGUGAGUAAGAUGGUGAUGGAAGUUCUUACUCUGGUUCAUGAAUUCUGUCUGUAACUUGUAGGGUGGUUUUCCAGGCUUUAGGAUGUCCUUGGCUUGAAGGUAGAGUUUCACUGGGGACCUGCCCCUGUCUGCCUAGGAAUUUGUCUGUCUACUGUCACUAUCAAUACUUAGAUGUUUUUAUUUCAACAUAAAUGUGACAAACUUAGAAGAUCCAAAUGCUGUGUUUUAUGAAAUUGAAUCAAACUAAAUGACGUAUGUGUGUACCUUUGAUCUCUCCUUUCAUCUUAAGAGAUAUGUGACUAUUUUAAUUCAUUUUCCUUGCAGUAAAUUUGACAUUUUCAUGUAUUCAUAUGUGUUAUACUUUUCUUCAUUAUUAGACAUAGCUCAAAAAUACUAAGGAAAAAUGCUUAUUAAAAAAA